AUGCAAAAGUUCUCCAAUCAGAAGAUUAAUAUUCCACCAAAAUCAGUGCCACCAAAAACCUCACAUGCAGCGUCUGUGCCAACGGAUUACGUGUGCGAUUUCUGUUCAGGACAUCAUCAAAAUUAUAAGUGUUCCGUAUUCCUGAAGAUGAAUGUGGACCAAAGGCAAGCCAAACUGAAGGAAGCAAACUUGUGCUUCAACUGCCUAAGGAAGGGCCAUCGCAGCGCAGGAUGCUCCAGUGAUAAAUCGUGUUCGAAAUGCUCGAAAAAACACCAUACGUUAGUGCAUUUCGAGCAACAGAAGGCAACGGUACAGUCCACCAACACAGCCAAACACCAUGAAGUGAAUCAAGCCGUCGCAUCGUUUGAAGAACCCGUGAGUUCGUCGUGCUCAAGUACCAGCAUUCCACCGGGGAAACAAGUGUUCCUAAUGACAGCGAUGGUUCAACUGACAGCAAAAAAUGGUCAAGUGCAUCACGUGCGAGCCUUAUUGGAUUCCGGAUCCCAAAUCAAUCUUCUAGCAGAAUCUGCGGUGCAGAGGCUCAAAUUACCAAAAUACCCAUCUACUGUUCCAGUCAUUGGCGUUGGCGGCAAUAGAUCCCAGCUUCAUCACAAGGUGGUGGUACCAAUGUCGUCCAACUGCAGUAGUUUCGCUACCAACAUUGAGUGCUAUACUUCGCCGAAGGUCACAGGGACGAUUCCAUCUGUCCGUGUCAACAUUGAUAACUGGAACAUUCCUCCGGGUAUAAUAAUGGCCGAUGCUUCAUUCCACUGCCCACGGGAAAUCGAGUUGUUGAUUGGAGCCGAACUAUUUUUCGAUGUGCUGAAGGAAGGGCAAAUAAAGCUUGCCAAUCGUCUGCCAGCCUUGUAUGAAACCCAAUUUGGAUGGGUCGUGGCCGGAUCGUACGCGGAACAGGAGGAAGAUAACCCAGUGUGUGCCAAUAUAGCCUUGACUGACGGCUUGGAAGAAUGUAUGCAACGGUUCUUCAACCAGGAAGAAAUUUCUGAGCCAGCCAUGAUCACCACCGAGGAGCAACGUUUCGAAGAACAUUAUCAGCGAACCUAUCGUCGGGAAAAAGGUGGAAGAUUCGUAGUCCAGUUACCAUUUCGAGAUAACGUCAACCAGUUAGGAAACUCUAGAUCUCUCGCCUUGAAACGAUUCCUGCUUCUGGAGAAAAGGUUGGCACGAAAUCCUGACCUUAAAACCCAGUAUGCCGAUUUCAUCGAGGAGUACCAAGCCCUUGGUCACUGCCGGCGAGUUCAUGAGGAUGAGGAUUCUCCGGGCACCCAGAGCUACUAUCUGCCACACCAUUGUAUUUUGAAGCCAACAAGCAGCAGUACCAAAUUACGUGUCGUUUUCGACGCUACCGCGAAGACAAAUGGACUAUCCCUAAACGACGUGCUUAUGAGCGGUCUGAUUAGCCAAAGCGACUUGUUCACUAUCGUCAUGCGCUUCCGGACUCACCCCAUCGUUAUUACUGCGGAUGUAUCGAAGAUGUAUUGGCAAAUACUUGUUGGUCCAUCCCAGACGCGAUAUCAACGAAUCUUCUGGCGUAAUGACUCCUCCGAGGCGACGAAGGUGCUAGAACUAUUAACUGUGACUUACGGAACGUCAGCAGCCUCAUUCAUUGCAGUGCGAUCAAUGAUUUAA